CGGCUUUCUCGUCCGGCUGCCCAUCCCACUUCUAGUGCCGUGCCUGCCGGUCGCUGUCUACGUUGUCAUUUCAACACCAGUUUAGUAACCGAAAGCUGCUCGUCGCUCAGUAGUUUCUGUGAUUCCCUACGUGACGGAAGCAACUUUCACCAUGGCCAAAAUCAAGGCGGGAGCUGUGGUAGACAUUCUCGGAGAUGAAAUGACCAGGAUUAUUUGGGACCUGAUCAAGGAGAAGCUGAUCUUGCCCUUCCUGGACAUUGAACUCCACACUUAUGAUCUGGGCAUCGAGCACAGAGAUAAGACAAACGAUCAGGUUACUAUUGACUGUGCUGAAGCUAUCAAGAAGAUCAAUGUGGGAAUUAAGUGUGCAACAAUUACUCCUGAUGAAAACCGUGUUACUGAAUUCAACCUAAAAGAGAUGUGGAAGUCACCCAAUGGCACAAUUCGUAACAUUUUGGGUGGCACUGUGUUCAGGGAGCCCAUUAUUUGCAAGAACGUUCCUCGCUUGGUUCCUGGCUGGACCAAGCCUAUUAUUAUUGGACGUCAUGCUCAUGGAGAUCAGUACAAGGCCACUGACUUCCUUGUUCCUGGAGCAGGCACCCUGACUCUUACAUUCACCCCUUCAAGCGGGGGACAGCCCAUUUCAGUGGCAGUCAAUGAAUUCAAGAGUUCAGGUGUUGCCAUGGGAAUGUACAAUACUGAUGAGUCCAUCAGAGGUUUUGCUCACUCUUCAAUGCAGUAUGCUCUCCAGCGAGAGUAUCCUCUGUACUUGAGUACCAAAAACACAAUCCUUAAGAGAUACGACGGUCGUUUCAAGGAUAUCUUCCAGGAGAUCUAUGACAAGGAAUACAAAGCUCAAUUUGAGGCCAAGAAAAUCUGGUAUGAGCACCGAUUGAUUGAUGAUAUGGUGGCGUUUGCCAUGAAGACUGAUGGUGGCUUUGUUUGGGCCUGCAAAAAUUAUGAUGGUGACGUUCAGUCUGACUCAGUUGCCCAGGGUUAUGGUUCAUUGGGAAUGAUGACAUCUGUGUUGGUAUGUCCUGAUGGCAAGACAGUAGAAGCUGAGGCUGCCCAUGGCACUGUCACCAGACAUUACCGUAUGCACCAGCAGGGCAAGGAGACAUCCACCAACCCUAUCGCUUCUAUCUAUGCAUGGACAAGAGGCCUCUUGCACAGGGCAAAGUUGGACAACAACGCCGACUUGCGCAAAUUCGCAGAGAGCUUGGAAGAAGUGUGUGUCAGCACCAUUGAAGCUGGAUUUAUGACCAAGGAUUUGGCUAUCUGUGCCAAGGGUGCUAAUGUUCAACGCUCUGACUACUUAAACACCUUUGAGUUCCUGGACAAGCUUGCCGAAAAUCUGAGAAAGAAACUUUCGUGACUAUCUCAAAAAUCUGUGCUAAAGCAUAAAAUGUAACAGA